AUGAAAAAGUCCUCCAUUAUUGAGGCAGCUGAUAUUUGUAUCAUAGUAGAUUUCUUCAAAAUAAAGUCUUAAAUCUGCAGAAAUGGGUGCUUCAUUUGUUCCCAUCACCAUAUUCACCGUCCUUUGGGGUGUUGUGGGCAUUGUUUGCCCUAUUUUCGCUCCCAAGGGACCUAACCGAGGAAUAAUCCAAGUGGUAUUAAUGUUAACGGCAGCGACAUGCUGGUUAUUCUGGCUGUGUGCGUAUAUGGCGCAAAUGAACCCUCUCAUUGGGCCCAGACUAAACAAUGAGACUCUAAUCUGGAUUGCUCACACAUGGGUAAGCUUUGUGUGCACAUGCCUGCAUUUGCUUGUGAGAGAUUUCUGGAUAACUCGGUAUUUAAAUAAUAAACACUGUGUGACUUCAUAACAUGUAUUGAGCGACUCACUCGAGAAGACGCGCGGUGGCGCCUACCUACAUAAUACAAUAUUGAUUUAUACCUACAUAUAUCACACCUCCCUUCUUAAUAUAUGGUAUUAUCAGAUAUUAUUAAGUAAGGUACAUAAAUUAUGUAAUCACAAAUUUACUUAUAAUAAUACCUUAACUAUAUAAUACAUUAUCUAUAAAUCUAAUAAACUAAACUAAACUUAGUUACUACAUCUAAUAAACUAAUAAACUAAGCUAAACUUGAAACCUAACUUAAACCUAACUUUACUUAUAAUAAUACCUUAACUAUAUAAUACAUUAUCUAUAAAUGUAAUAAACUAAACUAAACUUAGUUACUAAAUCUAAUAAACUAAUAAACUAAGCUAAACUUGAAACCUAACAACAGGUUUACGAACUCGCCCGGAUCGGGCUCGAGGCGGUUCAGGCGACGGUGCACUAGGUGACGUUGGCGGUGUACUAUAAUCGAUUCCAGGACUUUUAAUGCGUUCACUCGAAACCCGUUUCCUCUCCUUUCCCGAAUCACCCACAACCGUAGUCGGAGAUGUGUCCGGGCCGUCGUCCUCCUUCGACAUUCCGUCUCUCGCCGAGCCACUACUAUCAGGUUUUUGUACCCUCAUUGACUCGCUUUGCUCCUCAGGGAAUGGUAUGUCGUACAACCCUGAUCUGCGCUUGAUUUGAUCCACGUGCUUAACUACUUGUCGACUGUCCCCCUUGUCCACAGAAUAUCUCCUCGAACCUUCGCCAUGAACUAUCGUUCCCUUCACCCACCUAUCCUUGUGGCCGUACUCUCGCACCCACACAGGUUCCCCCGGUGCAAACGAGCGCUGCACCCCGCCCGUGUACUCCACUUGCUUACUUUGAGCCUGAUUUACCUUAUUUAUGAGCGCGCGAUCGCUUCGUAAUAAGUCUAGCCGUGAUCGUAACGUUCGUUUUUGUAACAGCAUUGAAGGGCUUUCACCUGUGCUGCUGUGUAUACUGUUACGAUAAGUAAGUAAAAAUGUUUGCAACGCGGCGUCAACAUCGAUUGAUUCCCUAUGUGCUUUUUUUAUUGCUUUUUUACAAAUAUUUACAGCAUUUUCCGCGGCGCCAUUCGAAGACGGGUGAUAAGCAGGCGAGAAACGUUGCUGAAUACCAUUUCGUGUUAAAAACUCCUUAAAUUCCGCGCUAGUGAAGGGUGGCCCUUGAUCCGAUACUAGCUCUAGUGGUAAGCCGAAUCUUGCGAACGUACACCGUAAUACCUUAAUAACCGCUGUAGCAUUUGUUUUUGGCAUUUCAAACACUUCUAGCCAUUUCGUACUGGAGUCUAUUAAAAUAAGAAAUUUUUUUCCGUUAAAAGGGCCUAAAAAAUCUAUAUGGAGUCUGCUCCAUGGCUGCAAAUGGUACGGCCAAGGCUGCGGUGGGGUGCGCGGGGGUGCUUGUGACUCCACCGCGCACGUCUCACAUGCUCGGCAUUCGGAUUCGACGUCUGUAUCUAUAUUAGGCCACCAUACGUAACUUCGAGCUAUGGACUUAGUUUUAACAAUGCCCAUGUGACCAGUAUGUAAUUGCAUAAGUAUUUUUUUUCUUAAAGUGCGCGGUAUCACCAAGCGGUAACCCCACAUAAUACAGCCCCUAUCUAUGUAUAGUUCAUUACGUUUAAUAUAAUAUUGCUGCAACACUUCUUUUGGGCAGGACGCGGGCCAUCCGGACUGAACAUAGGUUAAAAUUCUACUUAAUUCCGGAUCGCUUGCUGUUGCCGUUCUGACGUCAUCAUUUGUGACCGGGAGAAAAUUUUCUACGAAAUUAAUGUAAUUCAUUCCCUCCGACUUCGGAAGCCGUUUAUGUACCGGUUGCGGCAAACGAGAUAACGCAUCUGCACAAUUUUUGUGUGAACUUACAUAUUCUAUGUCAUAAUUGUAUCCCGACAAUAAUACUGCCCAACGCUGUAAUCUCGAAGCGGCCAUAACUGGAAUGCCCACUUUACUGCCGAAAAUAUACGUCAAGGGUUUGUGAUCAGUCCUUAAAACGAAUUUUCUACCAUAUAAGUACUGAUGAAACUUUUUAAUACCGAAUAUUAUUGCUAAGGCCUCUCGAUCUAUCUGCGCAUAGGCCCGCUCGGCCGCGCUGAGCGUACGCGACGCAUAUGCGAUCGGCCGCUCUCCCUCCUCAGUGAUAUGCGAUAUCACGGCGCCGACUCCGACCCCGCUGGCGUCCGCCGUCAGUACCACGGGUAAGUCUAACGUAUAAUGAGCAAGCACUUCGCUCGAACUUAAUAUUUUUUUUACUUCAUUGAAUGCCAAUUGACACUCAGUACUCCACAGGAAUCGAACCCCGGUUUUUAGCAAACGAUAUAACGGGGCCAGCAAUGAACUAACAUUUCGUACGAAUUUACCAUAAUACAUUACUAGCCCGAUGAAAGAUCGCAGUUCUGAAAUAUUGGUGGGUGCAGGCGUGUUUACAAUUGCCCGGACUUUUUCCGGACACGUGUGAACACCCUCUUUACCAAUGACGUGCCCUUAGUAGUUAAUAGAUUCUGCGAAAAAUACACAUUUUUCUUUCUUAACGCGCAACCCGUGAGACUGCAAUCGCUCGAACACUUUAUAUAAAUUUUUUAUGUGACUACGACUAUCAGGACCCGUUAUAAUUACGUCAUCUAAAAACACACCCACGUUCGGUAACCCUGUCAAUAAUUCUUCUAAGUGUUUUUGAAAAAUUCCUGGACUCGACGACAAGCCGUAAACUAGUCGAUUGUACAUGUAUAAACCCUUAUGUGUAUUGAUAACCGUAUACUUUUUUGAUUCGUCAAGCUCAAACUGAGCGUACGCCUGAGAUAAAUCAAUCUUACUGAAACGUUCACCGCCAUGUAAACGCGAUAACAAAUCAUCUAUGCGUGGCAAGGGAUAACGGUCGACUUCUAGCACUUUAUUCAGUGUUAAUUUAUAAUCAGCGCAUAUCUAAUAUUACCAUCCUUUUUGAGAACGGGUACAAUGGGUGUGGCCCAGUCGGAGCGCUCCACCGGCGUGAGGACGCCGUCUCGCACCAGCUGCUCGAGCGCUCGCUCCACCGGUUCCCGCAGCGCAUACGCCAGAGGACGCGCGCGCAUGAACACCGGCCGCGCCCCCUGCCGCAGGUGGAUGCUAACCCGCCCGCCGCUGAACCGUCCAAGCCCAUCCGCAAAUACUUCACUGAAUCUAUACAUAAAAUUACUUUCGUCAAAAUCCUUAUAAUUAACAUUGUUUACAUCGUGAUACUGAAACACUGGUAGUUGAAUUUUAAGUUCGGCUAACCACUGUCGACCCAAAAGAACGGUUUUACCAUCUCUGAUUAUGAACAAAUUUAAUUUUUUUUGUGUAUUUUUAUACCUCACUAGUGGCGUAGCCACCCCCACCGGACGAACUAUUUCACCUGUGUAAUAUCUAAGUAAAACAUUACAUUUGCUGAUAGGUAAAUCACUAAAAUUAUGUUUAUAAAAUUUGUAACUUAUACAAGAUACGGCGCUACCCGUGUCACACUCCAUGUCAAUAUCUUUUCCGUGAACGUUGAUUGAAAUACAUAGCGGUGUACACUCUUCUAUGGAUAAUUUUUUUAUAUCAAAUAUUCUUACCUCGUCACUGUCCGUCUCGUCCGAUUCGACCACUUUAGGUGUUCCGAUGUCUACGUGAUGGUACGUCGUCAGGUUUGGGCACAUCCGACGUAGAUGCCCCUUACGAUUACAUACUCUGCACACAUAUGCCGCGAACCGACACUUCGUGCCGCCAUGGGGUCCACCGCACGCAGCACAUUGUUGUGCUCCGUCCGCUGCUUUUCCUUGCUGCCGCUGCCACCUCGAUGCCGUAGGUGCCGUCCUCCCUGGCCGACCGCGUCCGUUGCCACUUCGAGUCGCUGCCAUCGCCUGGCACUCAGCCGUGCUCGAGCUGCCCGACGAUUCACCUUGCCCGUAUCCUUCCACAGCCGCUGCAUCCUUCUCCGCCGCCUCCAUGUUCACUGCCAAGCUAUACGCUUUCCCAUAUUCCAACGUGCCUUCUGCGAAUAGUCGUUGCCUUAUCGUUUCACUUAGAAUACCGCACACCAGCUGAUCUCUUAAACUUUCUUCCAACCAUUGACCAAAUUCACAAGAUUUCGACAUUCUCUUCAAUAUUGCUGCAUACUCCGCUAUUGUUUCACAACUUUUUUGUUUCCUAUGCCGGAAUUUAUAUCUUUCUGCGAGGGUACUUGGUUUUGGUUGGAGAUGUUUUUCUAGAAUGUUUGUGAUUUCCAAAAAAGAUUUAUCUUUUGGUUUGGUUGGAGUACAUAAAUUCACUAACAGUUCGUAACACUCGGCUCCCAUCACGGUAAUUAACGUCGGAACUUGUAAAUCCUCCGAAAUUUUGUUGACAACAAAAUAUUGUUCGAGGCGGUCGACGUAUGACCUCCAAUCGUCCUUAUGUAGGUCAAACUCAGGAAUUCUUCCAAUCGACAUUUUAAUUAAAUACUUGUCGUUUACAAAUACUUUUCCAAGAGUUCGUUGCUAUCCUCGUCGCCACUGAGAGAUUUCUGGAUAACUCGGUAUUUAAAUAAUAAACACUGUGUGACUUCAUAACAUGUAUUGAGCGACUCACUCGAGAAGACGCGCGGUGGCGCCUACCUACAUAAUACAAUAUUGAUUUAUACCUACAUAUAUCACAGCUUGCACAAUAUUUAUUUUGCAUUCUCACCCAUUUAUUCAUUACAGCCAUUUAAAAGUCCACUGCUGAACGUAGACCUCCCCAUAGAACACCAUUACUCUUACUGAGAAAAUACUAUCUCCAUACU